UCAGGUCUGACGACAUCAAGCGGGCGUGGUUUGAGCGCAAGGUCACGGAGCAUGCGCAGUGUACACGCUCCGUGUGAAGCGGGGGUGAUCUCGUUGGUACUCAAAGAUCUGGUCCUGUGGGUCUCAGUAUCAGACAAUGAUCAGUGAAGCCCCUCCCAUAACAAUUCAGCUAUAAAUACUGGAGAAUAUUCACAUCAUCCUACAAGAGAAGAACAAACUCCAGGUGCAGCAGCUGAAAUCUGUGACUGUUAAAGAUGGAGUUUAUUAAAGAGGAGAUUGAAGACAUGAGGGAUCCAGAACCAUCCAGAAUAAAACAUGAAGAUACUGAGAAACAAACAGACCGGAUUGAGAUGAAAGAGCACAAACAAGAACCGAAUGAAGAGGAGGAGAAACACUGUGACUUCAAAACUCAAAGAACAAAAGCCAAAAAGCUGCACAACUGCUCACAGUGCGAGAAGAGUUUCUCACACAAAAGAAACCUUAAAAGACACACGAGAAUCCACACUGGAGAGAAACCAUACACAUGCCCUCAGUGUAGAAAGAGUUUUUCACAACUGGACACUUAUAAACAGCAUCAGAAAACACAUGAUGAAGUGAAAGAUCAUGUGUGUUUGGAUUGUGGGAAGAGCUUCACUAAAGUUACCAGUUUGAAACUGCACAAAAGGAUUCACACUGGAGAAAAACCUCACAAGUGUUCAUAUUGUGACAAGAGUUUCACUCAGGCAGGAACCAUGAAAAUACAUGAGCGAGUUCACACUGGAGAGAAGCCGUAUCACUGUACUCAGUGUGGAGAGAGUUUCAGAGAUAAAACUGAUCUCAAUGUUCAUCUGCUCAUUCACUCUGGAGAAAGACCAUUUACCUGUGAUCAGUGUGGUACAGAUUUUAAAUCAUCAGUACAUCUAAAAUACCACAUGAAAAUUCACACAAAUGAGAGGCCUUUUGCUUGUUUUUCUUGUGGAGAGAGUUUUGCUCAACUGGAUCAUUGUAAACGGCACCAAAAAAUACACACCGGUGAGAAAGAUCAUGUGUGUCGUGACUGUCCAAAGAGCUUUACUAGAUCUGACACUCUGCAACGCCACCAAAGAAUUCACACUGGAGAAAAACCUCACAAGUGCUCAUAUUGUGACAAGAGUUUCACUCAGUCUGAACACCUGAAAAAGCAUGAGCGAGUUCACACUGGAGAGAAGCCGUAUUACUGUACUCGGUGUGGAAAGAGUUUCAGAUGUAAAAGUGGUCUCAACCGUCAUCUGCUCGUUCACUCUGGAGAAAAGCCAAUUACCUGUGAUCAGUGUGGUACAGAUUUCAAAUCAUCAGCAUUUCUGAAAAAACACAUGAUAAUUCAUACAAAUGUAAGACCUUAUGAAUGUUUGUUUUGUGGAAAGAGUUUUGCUCGGCCAAAUCAUUGUAAAAUGCACCAGAAAAUACACACCGGUGAGAGAGAUCAUGUGUGUGAGUGUGGGAAGAGCUUUACUAGAGCUGCCCAUCUGAAACAGCACCAAAGAAUUCAUACUGGAGAGAAACCUUACAAGUGCUCAUAUUGUGACAAGAGUUUUAGUCACUCUGGAAACCUGAAAAGGCAUGAGCGAGUUCAUACUGGAGAGAAGUACUACUGCCCUCCCUGUGAGAAGAGUUUUAGAUUUUUAAAAAGCCUAAAAAGGCACUUGAAAAAACGUCACAUCACAGUGAGCAACAUUUUUAUGUUAAAAUAGUCAAACAAAUUGUGUGAGAUAAACAAAAUAUGAAGUUGCUCCCAAAAGCACAAAUGCACCUUUAAUUUUGUGAAUUUUGACUUGUUUGUAGUCUGAUUAAGGAGCUAUAGAGUGAUGUUUGAAGUUUCACCAUAAAAUGAUUCUCACAGUGUUAAUAAUAAUUUAAAUCUUUCCUACUGUGUAAUUAGUUUGUAAAACCAGGCUGGACUUGGAGGUUUUGCUUGAAUGAAACACAUUCACUUGUUUUCUAUAUGCUCAGAUUGUACAUGAGUUGGAAGAUUUUAACCAAUAAUAAUAAAA